UUUUAUUAUAAUUAAAUUAAAAAAUAUGCCUAAUCAAAAGCAAAUGGAAAAUGGAUUGUCUCCCCCAUUAAUUGAGAAUGGUUAUUGUAAUAAUUCAUUAGAAAAAAUCCAAAAACAAAAAAGAAAGAGAACACCGAGGGAAUGGUUUAAAAAAUAUUUUUGGGAAGGUCAAAAACUUCAUGGAAUUAGUGAAGAAGAAAAACAAAUACCUCUUCCUUCCAAUGCCACUUUCGAGCAAAAAAUUCUUAUAAAAUACAAAAACUUUAUUGCUUUACUUAUUCCUUUUUGUGUUGCACAAUUUAUUUGGUGGAGUUCUGCAAUUAAAUACAACUUUUUUUCUCUUUAUUCAACACAUUGGCAAAUGCCAUUAACAAUGGUUGUUGGUUCUAUUAUUGCAGGAAUGACUAGUGAAGGUGGUGGGGCUGUUGCCUUCCCUAUUGGAAUGACAAUGGCAUUUUUUGUUAUUAUUUUUAUGAGAAUUCAAAUUGAGUGGAGGGCUAUUAUAUUUGGAACUAUUGGGGCUAUUCCUGGGGCUUUACUUGGAUUUACUUUAUGUCUCUAUUUUUCUUUUUUAUGUGUCUUUACAUCGUUUGCUGGAAGCGGCGUUGAUAUUUGUACAUUCUCGACUUUAACACUUCUUUUUAGUGUUUCUGAGAAAAUAGCUACUCCAACUACUGUUGUUAUUAUGGCAAUAAAUUCUCAAUUUUGUAUUUAUUGGCGUGCAAUAAUUAUGAGCGAGCCAAUUAGUCAAUUAGCCUAUAAUUAUAUUAAAGUUACAGUCCCGGUAACAAGUAUUUGUGCCCCAAUUGGAAGUUUUCUUGGUUCACAUUUUCACAGACAGGCUUGA